AUGUUGCUCCAACUCGUCCCCGUGCUCCGUCUCAUCGUGCGCAGCGUCUCGGCCAAGCAGCGGUGGCGAGCCCUGCUCAGCCGGCUCGCACCCAUGAGCAACCGCCGUCGCGGCAAGCGGCCCGACACGCGCACGCCGAAAAGCACGCCCGCCCUCAAGCGCACGCCGUCCGAGAUUGCCGACGACGCCACCGUCGACACGGGCACGUGGCUCAGCACCUCGAGCCCGCCCGUGGUCGCCGACUGCGGCCGCUGCAUCGCGUCGUCGAGCCGCCACCCGCCGGGAGAUAGCGAUUGGAAGGGAGAUGGCGAGGGGAAGGGGGAUGGCAAGGGGAAGGGGGAUGGCAAGGGGAAGGGGGGCAAGGGGAAGGGGGGCAAAGGGAAUGGGGAUGGCAAGGGGAAGGGGGAUGUGGGCUGUAUCGCGUCGUCGAGCCGCCACCCGCCGGGGGGGGAGGUGAAUGGGGUUUAUAUCAAGCCGUCCGAGCCAACCGCUGUCGAGGCCGGGAAGGGAGAUGUCCAUGUCAAGCCGUCCGAGCCAACCGCACCUGAGGCCGAGAAGGAACUCGAAGAGGUGCCUGAAGUGCCUGAGGAGCCUGUCGUUAUCGAAGAACCUGUUGCCGUCUUUGUGGAGGAUGGCGAGAGCGAGGAGAAUGUUGCCGUCUUUGUGGAAGAUGGCGAGAGCGAGGGGAAUAGCGAGGGCGAGGGGGAUAUGGAGGGAGAUGGCGACCGCGAGGGGAAUAGCGACGGCGACAGCGACGGCGACAGCGACUUGCUCGAGGGCUUCUACCAGUACUGCGGCGCGUCGUUCGAGCGGGCGUGCCGGCGCUAG